ACGCUUUCACAUGUAACGCUACUCUAAAGUGUGUUAAGCACUUGAGGACAAUCAUAGAUGUGAUUGUAUUUUUUAGAAAACGAUUAUUUAUCUCUUUUUGCGCUUCGCCGGAAUUCAUCAGCAGAGAAUUAUAAGGUAAGACCAUAAGUGGAAAGAUACGGCGUUAUCAUCGCUGAUAACUAUAAUUGGGGCUUGUCUUUCUUAUAUUUCCGAUAUUGUCAAUCAGAAAACAUUGCAAAUUAACCGAAUAAGUUAAAGUAAAUUUUUAAAAAAAGUUGUGCUUGCAUUUAUCUUUGCGCUAACUAUAAAAUUGAAAUUAAAUUUCUAUUUACUAAACAAUAUUACGGUUAUAGUAUUUUCAAUACAUCGUUUUUUUCCGGGAUGGCAGAAGUUGGAAGAAAUGUGAAUUUUGUUGCACGUGCCUUCGAUCCCAGACCGUCUCAGACACGACGUUUAGUAGGGGUUAUCGAUGAUGGCACAUCUGCUGUGUCUUUUUCUAUUUACACUACACCCGAAUUUAAGGAAAUAGCCUCUCAUCAGUUGAGCAUACCAAUGAUUUCCGUUAAGCCGGGUUGGUACGAGCAAGAUGCCAUGGUCAUUAUCAACAAAAUAUAUCGUUGUGUCGAAAUUGCAAUGGGUAUGCUAGCGUCUUUGGGCUAUAACAACGAAGACUUGGUUACCAUUGGCGUCACGAAUCAACGUGAAACUACUAUUAUGUGGGAUGCUAUUACCGGUAAACCUUUGCACAACGCCAUUGUCUGGAAUGAUAUACGCACGAGUAGUACUGUCGAUCAGAUAUUAGCGAAUAUUCCCGGCGAAAAUUUAAACCAUUUUAAGGAUAAGUGUGGUCUACCAAUAUCACCCUAUUUUCCAGCUUUAAAAAUACGUUGGCUAAUCGAUAAUGUGCCCGCUGUACAAAAUGCAUUCAAAGAAAAACGUUGCAAAGCCGGUACCAUUGACAGUUGGAUAAUUUGGAAUUUAACCAAAGGUGGACUACAUAUAACCGAUGUGACAAAUGCUUCACGCACCCUGCUUAUGGAUAUUACAACUUUGCAAUGGGAUUGCACUUUACUAAAAGCUUUCUCAAUAGGACCUGAAAUGUUGCCUGAAAUACGCAGCUCUUCUGAAAUAUACGGGAUCGUUACGGAUGAGCGCACUUCGUUGCUUGGUAUAAAAAUAAGCGGAAUAUUGGGCAAUCAACAAGCCUCGUUGUUGGGUCAAAUGUGCAUAAAACCCGGUCAAGCUAAAAAUUCUUAUCGAUCGGGCUGCUUUCUACUAUGCAAUAUUGGCCAUAAACCUGUCAUAUCUCGCCAUGGUUUGUUAACGACAGUCGCUUAUCAGUUGGGGCCAAAUAGUCCUGCCACGUAUGCUUUAGAGGGCGCGGUAGCGGUAGCUGGUCACGCGCUCGAAUGGUUGGAGGAUCAAGUUCGCAUUUUGCCUAGAGCUGAAGAUGCUGAAAAAUAUGCUUCAGCUGUACCUACAACGGGAGAUGUGUAUCUCGUACCCGCUUUUACGGGUUUGUACGCGCCUUAUUGGCGGAAAGAUGCUCGAGGCCUGAUAAUCGGCCUUACCCAAUUUACUAACAAACAUCACAUCGUCAGAGCCGCUUUAGAAUCGGUAUGUUUUCAAACACGUGACAUACUGGAAAUCAUGUAUAAAGAAUCCGAACAAAAAAUUGAUAGACUACAUGCCGAUGGUCAGCUAUCCAAAAAUAAUUUACUAAUGCAACUACAAGCGGAUACUGUUGGCAUUCCAGUGUUACGUUCUCAGCUCUUCGAUUGUACACGGUUCGGUGUCGCAAUGUGCGCUGCGCAAGCGCACGGUAUAGAUCUUUGUCGCUUCGAUCCCGACAGAAAAGCGUAUUCUAACGUUUUCUAUGAUAAAUUCCUGCCAACAAGUACAGAGGAGGAGCGUAAACAUCGCUACGGCAAAUGGAAGAGAGCUGUAGAACGUAGUUUUGAUUGGGCAUAAUUUAAGAUUCAUUGUUUAAAUGUUAAGUUCCUAAAGUUACGUUUUGGGUAUGGUCAAAAAAGAAAACUUCUUAUUCUGAUAUUCUUUCUACAUUCUUUUCAUUUUCUGAAAUUCAAAGUUUGAUCUUUUGAAAGAGGUUGUCAUGUUUUUAUACCUCUACACUACUUGUCGUGUGUGGCGCAAGAUACAUUAACUUAGUGCGGACGUAUACAACACGCAAAAGGGCUUGAAAUAGACUCAUGUCUGUCAUCAUUAUACACCAAACAUAUUGCGAAUCUGCCUAAGCUUGUCUGACCUUGUCUGCACGUGUAUAACGAUGUGUUCUAGUUAAGGACGACCUCUAUUGAAAACGUUUUCGAUCAGACCUCCUUUGCGACCACUUCUCAUAUUAAUGCCUUGCUUUGAAAAGGCAUCAUAUCUAUAGCUGUAUUAAGUGAGGUCGUCUAAUAUACCUAAUAGCGGGCUCCGGCUGAGUAUAAUGUUUUUACUUAUAUUUUCUUAUUCUCACGCCAGGAGCUAUACUAGAUAUCUCAAUGUUUGUAUAGGAGGCUAAUAGAGGAUAUAUGUUCUUGAUUAACGUGAAUAGUGAGAUCGAAUCAAUCGAAAAGUUUAAGAUUCUAGCUAGGAGAACAAACAGCUUUCCAUAUUUCUUCAUGACCAUUCUCUUCGAUUAAUAUUUAGUAAUCAGCGAUAUCAGCUUAUGGCUUCUUGCCAGAAAAUUGGUAGAGCUGUUCAAUUUUCAAAAUUAUCGCUUCACCAUAUUGAGGCUAUAAGUUUGUUUCUACAUAAUGUCAGUGCCACGUUCCAAAUGCAGCUAAAUGGGAACAAAUGGUACGGCCACAGAAUUGCAUUGUACACUCUUAGACACCAAGCCGUUUGUAAAGUUUUAAACGUGCAAUUUCUGAUAUUGUGAAUGGAAACUCCUUUCGAGAAUAUAGUAUUCCACUGUGCUCUUAUUAAAAAAUUAUUAAUACAUAGAAAUGCAGCAUCCUUCUAAGGAACGUAUGUGAACAAAUAUUUGAAAAUCUCCAAUUUUUCAAGUGCACGCAAUUGAUUACCGUGCACUGAAUAUAUCAAACACACAAAGAGUAAAAAACAUUGGCGCAUAACUAGAAGCGUUAAGUUUGGCUAAUAAGUGAGACUCACCCUUCACAAAAAACUGCAUGAGAGCUAUUGAGCUGAAAUUGAAAGUCACUGAAGGUAUAAACCGUCGACUUGCUUUCCAUCGAACCAUCGCUGUGCGUCCUCUUAGAAAAAGCUGAAAGACAUUGGAUUGAUAUUCCGCCUAUGGACAGACUAUGCGCAUUUUGGUCUGACUCUGCACCCUCUGACAGUAAGGAAUUAUACGGUCGAAUAUUUCUAUAAUAUAACGAUAUGAUUCCAAAUUUAUGGCGACGCAGUUCCUUACAUCUUAAUCCCCUAGAUUAUUGUGUCACAGGCCAAGUUGAAUGCGAGACCAAUAAAGUCUCUCUUAAUAUUAUUUUCAUACCCAGUAAUUUACGAGGACAAAUAGCAGUUGAUAUAAGUAUGGCGUCUAUGUCGAAUCAAGAACUAUUAAUUAGAAUUUUUUUUGUAUAAUUACAAUAGUUCAGGCAUCAAAAUUUCACGGAAUUAUAACCAAUUUUAGAAAAAUAAUGCAAACACAAAAAAUCACAAUUUCUUCGCAAAUAGCGAACGCAGCGAUAGGACCCUACAACGCACAUUUCUUAUUGAAAAUGGAAUGAGAAAUAAGUAAAAAUAUUAUAGUCGGGUCAGACCGACCAUUAAUUAUCCUACACAGUAUCGUCCAAUACAAGCCUUACUAAUAAAUUUAGAUUUUUGUAGAGACAUGCUUUUUGUGGGAGCUACGGGAUCUCACAGAAACCAGCCGAAUAUAUGAACUGACGUUGAGCAAAUCUAACAAAUUAAAAUUUCGCACCAAAGAUCAUGUUAUUCUUUAUCCACUUUCCUCAUAAAAAAAGCGCUCAUGAGACUUCAUUGCCGGGAUUAUUUUUAUGAAGACCCACAUAGGGCGGUUGGGGUAGAAAAGGAAGAGCUCUCCGGUCGAAUUUUAGUAGAAUUAACUUCUAUGUCAAUUUUUGAAUAUGAAAUAUUGGACCGCUUUGCCAUACGGAGUAUUACUUUUCCAAUGACUAUUCGAAUGGUUGAAUGGGGAAUGAUCAACGCAUUGUCCAUUUAAUGUGGCGUAAUACUAUGACUGAAUGAUUUUUGUUGAAAAAUUUUGAAAUUUUCAAUUUAU